AUGCUGGCUGUUGAGCGACCCCAAUGGUUCCAUUGGCAUAGAAGGAUUAUAGAAGUGGACGGCUACCGUCAGAAUAUAGAGUACUUAUUGUUAAAAGCGCACGGCGUCCGCAACCACGCUCUUUCUGCGUACGAUGAGUCGCCUAUAGCGCAGCACACAUCUCUUCGCUAUCUUGUACCGCUCUGCACUGCUUUGGAAAGUGAAGUCGUUGCAAAAUCAGUAAAGGAUUUGAAUUAUGUGCCAUUUGAUACGAAGCUAACGGAGCUGAAGUCCAAGAUACGGGUUGCCUCGGAACCGUUCUAUGGAGAGUACUGUACUAUCGGAGUUGCCAUCGAGAGUGGUAGUCGUUAUGAAGCUGGAUAUCCGCUCGGAAUUUCUCACAUUGUAGAGAAGCUGGCUUUCGGGUCAACAACUCGGCAUUCUUCCAGAGAUAAGAUCUAUGAAGUUCUCCAAGAAAAUGGUGGUCUGAUUGAUUGUCAAAGUACUAGGGAUACCUUCAUUUAUGCUGCUAGUUGCCACAUAUCCGGUCUUGACCCCGUCAUGGAGGUUCUGGCAAAUGCUAUAUGGCGGGCAAAGAACACUGCGGAAGAGCUGGAGGAAGCGAAAAUGAUCGUGCAGUACGAGAACGACGACAUGCCACGCAAGAUCGAAAGCACCGAACCCUUGUUGACGGACUGGCUGCACAAAGCUGCUUUCCGGGACAAUACGUUAGGAUUUUCAAAGUAUACCAAUGAGAAAAUGCUGUCAAACAUUCAUCAAGAACACGUUAACUCUUACAUCAGUCAGUAUCACGCACCAGAACGUCUUGUCGUCGCAGGUGUCGGUGUGGAUCACGAUGAACUCGUUGCUGUUGUUGAACGAUAUUUCUCCCCUGGAACUGCUAACUGGGAGAAGCAUCCAGAAAUUCUGCUACCGAUGAUGCCUAAAUUAGAUUGUUCAGUCGCUCAGUACACAGGAGGAGAAGUCCGGGUGGAAAAGGAUUUGUCUACACUGGCUGUCGGCACUUCUUAUCCAAAUUUAGCUCAUAUAGCACUCGGAUUUGAAGGAGUUGGAUAUAGAGAUCCGGAUUUUGUUCCGUUUUGUGUGUUGCAUAUGCUCUUGGGUGGUGGCGGAUCAUUUUCGGCCGGUGGUCCCGGUAAAGGAAUGUACACACGUCUUUACACUGACGUUAUGAAUAGGUGCCAUUGGAUUUAUGGAGCCACAGCUUUCAAUCACUCUUACGCCGAUGCCGGAUUAUUCUGUGUCCAUGCUAGCAGUGACCCAGAACAGAUCAAUGAUGUACUAAUCAUCAUACUCGAUCAGUUCUUCAAAUUACUGAAAGGAGUGGAGAAGUCGGAGCUUCAGCGUGCCAAAAUCCAGCUCAAAUCACAACUGAUGAUGAAUCUUGAAGUCCGACCAGUGAUGUUCGAAGAUCUCGCGCGGCAAGUAAUUGGUCAUGGUUACAGAAGGAAGCCAGAGGAAUACCUGCAAAAAAUUGAUGAAGUGACUGCUGAGGAUAUGGUGCGAAUCACAGAGCGAAUGUUAGCCGGACGACCAUCAUUAGUUGGAUAUGGUGACAUAGCUAAGCUUUCGAGUUACGAGGCGCUUGACAACGCGGUGGCCCACCGUAAUUUACAAGGACUUUCAUCGAAAAAGAAGGCGUUUAGGUGGUAAAGUAAUAGAUGCUUGAGCAACAUCAAGAAAUAUCCUGUCGCAGCAUACGGUUCAGAUCUUUAGUGACAAAGUACUUCUUCCAUCUGUUGCCCUUUAAGAUCCCUGUUGUACAGUUUGUUUGCGUGAAUGACUGUUGUUAAAUGACGACAUUCUAUGUCAUUUUUGUUGUUUAUUGUACAGAAAAGCUGUAAAGU